UUACCAAGGAGGGAUGGGGUGUUUGAGAUUGCGCGUGCUGAGGGGAGAGCAUCGGAGCUUGUGAGGGAAGGGAGGAAAGAAAAGGGGAGGGGGGUGAACAGAGAGAGAAAGAGAACAGGAGCUUGUGAAGAGAAAGAGGGAGGGAGCUUCAGGCAGCGAGACUGGACUACCGCUCAAACACUGCAGUCUUUCUUUUUGCCUCUCUGUGGAAACUGUCUUUCUCUUCUCCCUGCCUGUCUCUCCUUCUUGCUUAUUCUUUUCUCGCUGCUUUGCAAUGACCCCAGUGGACACCUUGAUCUCCUUGCCCACCUAGAGAAGAGGAGAGAAAUGCUGUAGCGGAGGAAGGAGAGACGAGAAGAGGGGACACCGCACACUUUGCUUCACUGAUGAGAGUCUGGAAAUUAAUUAACCGCCGUCAGCACAGAGGGGGGAGCGCAGAGAGGGGCUCAGUGUGAGGUGCAGGGAGAGAAUAAGCGGGAGUUGAAGAGGGCGAAUUGCUAGAUGUGUGAAGAGCAGGCUGUGGAAGAGAGGCAGGGUAACCCCUAGACACUUUUCAGAGACAAAAAGGACAAGUUAGGGCAGAUGCAAAAAGAGCGAGGGGGGAACUGGGCAAGGCAGGAAUUCAACAGGGAUACUAAUCCAAGAAGCCAAAGAAUGGUCCUUUCACAUCCGUUAUUCAUCCUCUCACGCUUCUUUUCAUAACAUCAUCCUUCCCUCUCAUCUCCUUAUCUGUUUUCUUUUUGCAUGUCAGCAAAAGCACAUCGACAACCACAUGCCGAACACUCAGCCACGACUUAGACCCAAGCGUAGCAUUUCAUUCUCAGCUGAUGUGAUACUGAGUAAAAGAAGUUGAUUGGCCGACUCAGGGGUGCCAUUACCUCCCGGCCGAGAGCACCUGCUCAGGAAUUUCUCAUGAGACCAGGUAGGACGUUUCUGGAUCAUUUCGCCAGCCCAGAACAGCCGGAGAGGUCGAGCCGAAGCCCUCCGGUCGUUUACCUGAUUGAAGCGUUAGGAGAUGAAACCGCAGACCGGCUUAUCUCUCAGAGCAUGACACCUGUGUUUGAGCGAUUACAGAGAGGGAAACAGGGAUGUGCAGAUGUGUGUGUGUGUGCUGGGAUUAUGUCCUAAAUACACAGAAUUACACAGGUGUUGCGGCAGGAUUAUGCAGAGUCUCCUGCUGAAUAUAGUAGCACUGUAGGAUUAAAGAGACGAACUCAAGUCAAGUGGAUGGCAGCACAUUAUCUUCUACAGAUUAAGUCAGAUCAAGUGUGUUCACACCUGUGGUAAAAUUAAAUCAGCUGCUCCAGGGUUUGACAGGGGUUGUAACUAUUUUGAGGUAAACUGAGGACAGGUUGAAAAAUCACCAAAAUCCAUCUCUCAGCGCCCAGUGGAAUAACUCCUGGUCCCUCGUUGUGGACUUUGCUCAGACCUCAAGUACACAAAGUGACUAUCAAAGACUCUUAAAGGCUCAUUCAGCUUCCAUAAUGAGACGCUCGAGCACAGACGAGACUCCGUACCGGCGCAGUCCGUCUCUGGACAGCAAACCUGACACGCCGCCGUUCACUUCUGGGUUUCACCGAUUCAGCGGGGAGUUUGAGUACAAGCGGCCACCGUUUGCAUUCGGCUUUCACACGACAAAAGGGCCGCAGACGUCCAAGGGGCGCUACGCCCAGGGGAAGAAGUAUGUGGUGUUUUACCUGGACCUCUCCUUCAUAUUCCUCCUAGAACUGCGGCGCUGCAGGAUGGCCGAGGGUUGCAUGAUGGCCCUGCGAUACGGAAUGGUCUUCUUCAACCUCCUUUUCUGGUUGGGAGGAUGUGGCAUACUUGGGGUGGGAGUCUGGCUCUCAGUGACCCAGGGAAACUUUGCCACCCUAUCAUCAUCCCUUCCCUCCCUGUCGGCAGCCAACCUGCUCAUCGCAGUGGGGACCAUCAUCAUGGUGAUUGGCUGUUUGGGCUGUGUGGGAGCUGUCAAAGAGAGCCGUCCUCUGCUGCUGACAUUCUUCAUCCUCCUUCUGCUCAUCUUCUUCCUAGAGAUUCUGUCCAUCAUGCUUUUCUUCAUCUACCAAGACGAGAUUGAUCACUACGCCCAGAGGGAUCUGAAGAAGGGUCUCCAACUCUUUGGCACAGAGGGCAACGUGGGUCUGACCAACGCCUGGAUGAUAGUACAAACUGAUUUUCGCUGCUGCGGAGUUACCAACCACACAGACUGGUUUGAAGUUUACAAUGCCACCCGUGUGCCGGACUCCUGCUGCCUGGAGUACAGCGACAACUGCGGCCUGGACAACCCAGGAACGUGGUGGACAGCGCCGUGUUACGAGCGUGUAAAGGACUGGCUUAAUGAGAACCUGGUGGCACUUUGGAUCUUUGCUCUAUGCACAGCACUUACUCAGAUCCUGGGCCUGGUCUUCUCCAUGACGAUGUUCUGUCAGGCAGUGAAAGUAGAGACCUUCUACGCCUAGCGAUCGACCUCUCUGCCCUUCAGCACACUUGGAUUGUUUCUCAUCAGAGAGAGACAGAUAUAGUCCCCCCCCCCCUCCUUCUUUCUCUUCCUCCUCCUCCUCCGACAGACUCUUCUUUCUUUGUCCUCUCUGUGACAUUCCCUCUCGGAUGUCACCAGUUCACAGUUUCUCUGCUAACUAUCAACAAGCACAGUGUCGAUGUAAUACCUGAGUUGGUUCCUAUGGUUUGCUCUGUGUCAAAAGCUAAUUUCUGUGAUACAUUUUAUGAAGCAGUAUUAUGAACAUGUAUAAAAAAAGUGUAACCCUUUUUUUUUUUAAUAUGUGUUUUGUUCUAAAUUAUUUUAUGGUUUGUAUGUGUUUUCAAAAUGGGAGCUACAGUUGGGAAAGUGCUUCAAGUGCAUGUCUCCUGCGAUGGUGUGUAUUAAAUGUUUUGGCUUGACUAAA